UAAUUGCGGCACUUGUUAUCUUGUACGCCGAUUACCUCCAAAAAGCCAUGGCACAUACAACAAACGCAGCCCCUUCGUUUACAUAUUCUUCUUUCUUUCAACUCCAUUUCCUUUUUACCCACCAUCCAUCACCAACUACUCUUCCUCUUCAAUGGAUGAUCAAUCAACCCCACAACCACCAUCAUCAUCACCCCAUCGCAGAACCUAUGAGAUAAGAGCAUGUUCCAUCUCCUACACAAAGCCCACCAAUACCACCACAUUCAUCUUCUCACCUUGUACUGCAACUCCACCAACUUACAUCCUCCGCGAUGUGUGCUUCAUUGCCCGUCCUUCCCAGAUCCUCGCCAUUGUCGGCCCAAGUGGUGCAGGCAAAUCCACUCUCCUUGACAUUCUUGCAGCACGCACGUCUCCGUCCCAUGGAUCUCUCCUCCUCAAUUCCUUCCCUCUCCACGCUCCUACCUUCCGAAAGCUUUCUGCCUACGUCCCCCAACAUGAUGCUUCUCUCCCUUUACUGACUGUCCUGGAGACUUUCACAUUCUCUGCUCGUCUUCUCCUUCCUUCUUCCUCCGAUGUCUCGUCAGUUGUCGUCUCCCUCCUUGCUGAUCUCCGCCUAUCACAUCUGGCUCACACCCGUCUAGCCCAUGGACUCUCUGGUGGUGAACGUCGACGUGUCUCAAUUGGCCUGAGCCUUCUCCACGACCCUGCAGUGCUACUCCUCGACGAACCCACAUCAGGCCUUGAUAGUGCUUCUGCAUUCAACGUCAUGCACACACUCCGUGCCAUUGCCGCUUCCCGUCGUUGCACUGUGAUCCUCUCCAUACACCAGCCCAGUUUCAAGAUCCUCUCUACCAUCGACAGCAUCCUCCUACUAUCCAAAGGCACUGUCAUACACCACGGAACCUUGUCUUCCCUUCAGGACUACUUACACUCUAACGGUUUCGCCGUCCCACCUCAGCUUAAUGCACUAGAACACGCAAUGGAGAUACUAAACCAGCUUCACGAGAAAAAGACUAGUGCACCACAACCUCAAGAAUCACCUUCUCCUCCUUGGGCUCCUUCAGAUGAUGAUACAAAAGAAAUUAGAUAUACAAGUUCAAGAGUCCUUGAGAUGUUUACCCUAUACAACAGGUUUUGGAAGAUCAUUUACAGAACAAAACAGCUCCUUUUGACCAACACAUUAGAAGCUUUUGGAGUGGGUCUUGUCUUGGGGACCAUUUACAUUCAUUUGGGAUUGGAUAAGCAAGGUAUAGAGAAGAGAUUGGGACUUUUUGCCUUCACUCUCACUUUCCUCCUCUCCUCGAUGACGGAAACCCUACCCAUCUUCAUAAAUGAGAGGCCGAUUCUACUGCGAGAGACUACGAGCGGUGUUUAUCGGCUCUCAUCACAUCUCGUCGCCAACACACUAGUCUUCCUCCCCUACUUGCUAGCCAUAGCAGUCAUAUACUCCAUUUCCGUAUAUUUCUUGGUGGGUCUAUGCGCUUCUUGGCAAGCCUUCGCCUACUUCGUCUUGGUUAUAUGGGUGGUGGUACUCAUGGCGAAUUCCUUUGUGCUUUUCUUAAGCUCAGUUGCACCGAAUUACAUUGCGGGGUCUUCUCUAGUGACUAUAUUUCUAGCAUGUUUCUUUCUCUUCUCCGGUUACUUCAUUUCGAAAGAUAGCAUGCCCAAGUACUGGCUGUUCAUGCACUACUUGUCCAUGUACAAAUACGCUCUUGAUUCACUUCUCAUCAACGAGUACUCGUGCUUGGCAUCCAAGUGUUUGAUAUGGUUGGGAGAGAAGAAGGUGUGUCUUGUCAAAGGCAGUGAUGUGCUGGAGAAGAGAGGACUGCACGAGAACCAGAGGUGGAUGAAUAUUCAGAUCAUGUUAGGUUUUUUCCUCUUCUACCGAGUGCUGUGUCUGUUAGUCCUGCAAAGGAGGGCUUCUACAUCCAAGAAAUAAACGGUUGGAGAUUGUUGUUAAGGAAAGCUGGUGAAGUAGAAAAUAUGCAUAUUUUGGUAUUUGGCAACCCUAAUUUCUGUUUUUCCUUUUAUCUUCAUGCUAAGAUUUGAAACUCAAUGAAUAAGUUGGUAAAGCCAACGACUAUUACUAGUUUA